UUCAUAGACACACACGCGCAGACAUGGCUCGACUAGAUGUCACCGAAACCUUUCACAGCAUCAUGUUUCCUGGGCACCUGCAUACCCAAGACUCCCUGAAUUAUGCGACCAACUUUAAGUUCCAGGACACAGAUAUCGUAAUUGUCACUUAUCCGAAAUCAGGAACCACAUGGAUGCAGGAAAUCAUCACUUUGGUUUUGAGUAAAGGGGACCCAAUAAUAGCCCAAACUCAGCCCAACUGGGCCCGUGCCCCAUGGCUUGAGCAGUACUACUGCUCUGAAGUUCUAAAUGCCUCUAAAGGGCCUCGCAUUAUUACUACACAUCUGCCUUAUCACCUGCUGGCACCGGCCCUCAAACAGUCCAAAGCAAAGGUUAUAUAUGUGGCCAGAAAUCUCAAAGACGUGUCCGUUUCAUAUUAUCACUUCCACAAGGUGGCCAAAUUUCUGCCUGACCCAGGGACUUUCUCUGAGUUUCUGAAUGCUUUCCUGGAGGGUACAGUGCAUUAUGGCUCUUGGUUUGACCAUGUCAAGGGCUGGACCAGUCACUCACAAGAUAUUGAGAACUUUCUUUACGUCACAUAUGAGGAAAUGUGGCAGGACCUUUAUGGGGCUCUUCAGAAAGUGAGUCGUUUCCUGCAGUUCCCUUUAGCUGAGGAUGAGCUGAUCCUUGCUCAGAAGCACUGUAGUUUCAAUAGCAUGAAGGAAAAUGCCAUGGUGAACUACACCCUCAUCCCUCAGGAGAUCAUGGACCACAGCAAGGGCAAGUUCAUGAGGAAAGGUAAAGUUGGAGACUGGAAGAACAUAUUCACUGAGGAGGAGAGUUUUCUCGCUGAUGACGUCUACUCUUCACAGAUGGCAGAUUCCUCUCUGAUGUUUAUAUGGGAAUGCCCUAGGGAGACUUAGGCCUUGGAUAACCAUUUAUAAUCACCAUCACCCAGAUAGAGAUAUGUUAAGAUGUUGUAUUUAUCGUUAUCAGCGUUUUAUGUUUCUUAUGUGGAUUUCGCCAUCUUAUUCAGAUCUUAUUCUUAUAUAACCACUCAUCACUGCCAAUAUGCUUCAUUAUACAUUUAUUAAUGUUCCUAAUAUUUCACACUGAAAUGCCCUGGCGUGAAUAAGCUGAAAAAAAUAAGGUUUCAGCCAGAGACCUUCAGAGAAAUGUAGCAAUAUUUAUGUAAUUUAUUAGUAUUAAUUUUAUAUUUUUGUUUGAUGCAAUAUAACUUACAUUAUAAUAUUAUAUGAACAAAACCAGUCAUGUAUAUCAGAUGAGUGGAAUUAUAUUCUAUAUUGUUUGACCUGUUAGAGAUAUAUUUUUUUCAAAGCAAAAUAACGAAUUUAAAAAUUUAAGAAUUUAAAAAUUUAAGUGUGAUUUUGUGUACUAAAGCAAUGUAGAGCUUUGAAACAAUGAUUUUUCAUUUUGCUUUUAUACUAUUAUCAUUAAUGUGCAAUGCUAUUGUGAAGCAAAAACAUCACAAAAUGUACAUAAACCUACUUGACAACCUC